CUUUAACUAUGGGACUAACAACAAGAAGCAUUCUCUGAUAAACACACAAGAUUAAUCACUUGGAAGUCAGAUCCCCUAAUUUCCAAACUUUUUAAAAACCUCUCCCUGUAGCUUCCACCAACCGAAAUCCAUAACACCAAACACAAAUCCUACCGGAGAGAGAGAGAGAAAGAGAGAGAGUGAGAGAGAUGAAAACAAACACCAUCUCCACCAAAACUAACCACCCUAAACACCACAACCACCGUCGUCCAUGCACGCUGCGCCGCCCCUCAACUGUAUUCCUCUGGGCAUCCUUCGUCAUCAUCUUCUUCACCGCCCUCGUCGAAAUCCAACUUCUCCAAACCCGACCCACUUCUUCUCCCUCCUCCCAACCUUUUUUUCCCCCUUCAUGGGAUUUGCUCAACAAAUUACAAAACCUAAAAGCCGCAUUCGCCACCUCCACUGCCACUUGCUCCGCCGCUGAUGACAAACUGCGGCGAGCAGUCACGUUUCUGCCCUUGAAGGAUCUCCGUUACGCCAAAUCCGCGCAAGAGGGCCACACGUGGUUCAUGAGCUCCCUGCAUGACACACAUGAACAAGGUGAGGUCGCAUACCAACAAUUCCCAUCAGAGUCCUCAAACGGGAGGCUUCUGUGCAUAAAGGGCCGCGACGUCCACGACGGCUCGUGGAACUCCUACGCCCUGGCGUGGCCGGAAACCCUCCCCUACAACGCCACCCUAAUGAAAGGCCUAACUUUCAUCUCCAACAACCACUACAACUACGACAACAUAUGGCAUGGCUUGUCUUCACUGGUCCCCUUCGUUGCGUGGCACAUCAAGAACGGUUGCUCCGUGGGCCCCACCAGGUGGGUUUUGUUCCACUGGGGCGAGCUCAGGGCCCAGAUGGGCCUAUGGGUCAAGACCUUGAUGGAGGCCACUUUUACUGGGCCCCUCAAUAUUGAACGCUUUGAUUUUGUCGGCGGUGGCGAUGAGGCGGUUUGUUUCGAGAAGGCAGUGGUAAUGAGGCACAAUGAAGGCGGGAUGUCGCGGCAGCGGAGGAUGGAGGUUUUUGAUUUGAUCAGGUGUAAGGCUAGGGAGCAUUGUAAUGCGAGUUCGGUGGCUGAAGGUGGUGGUGGUGAGGGGAUUGGGAUGACUUUGUUUAUGAGGACGGGAGCGAGGUCGUUUAGGAAUGAGAGUGCGGUCGUGGGGAUAUUUGAGAAGGAGUGUAGGAAGGUGAAAGGGUGCCGGCUGAUGGUGGCUCACUCAAAUAACCUCACAGUUUGUGAACAGGUGAAGCUAAUGAGUUCGACAGACAUAUUGAUAUCCCCCCAUGGAGCUCAGUUAACCAACCUCUUCCUAAUGGAUAGAAACAGCAGUGUGAUGGAGUUUUACCCCGAAGGGUGGCUAAAACACGCAGGAGUCGGCCAAUUCAUCUACCACUGGAUGGCUGAAUGGUCCGGUAUGAACUACCAGGGUGCCUGGCGAGACCCUGAUGUCAAUCCCUGCCCGUAUCCAGGCGACAAUCGCCGCUGCAUGAACAUAUACAAGAGUGGCCAAAUUGGGUACAAUGAGACUUCUUUUAGUGUGUGGGCUAGGUAUGUGCUAAAUGAUGCGAAGCAGAGGAAACUGGAUGCGGGGAAAGAAAAGAGCAGAGAUCGAUCUGAAUAUGCCGGUGGAUGUGCAUGUAGUUGAGCUGUUGGACUUGAGAAAUACAUCGAACAAAUGCACAAAAUAAAAUGGUCUGCUCUAGUUGAUUCAUGCUCUACGAACCUUUCUAUGCAUUGUUUAAUCCAUUGCAAUUUUUUG